CAUCUGUUGACUGUCAAGACCGUUGCCUCCAAUGCCCCAUUGGAGCUACCAAAAAUUAAGAAAACAGAACCUGUGUCCUCAUCCUCUUCUCCCACGCAUCAGCCACAGGCCUACAAAUACUAACACCGCAAGGCACAACCACACACGCACCAUCGGCAUCCACCAAUCUACCAUACGGACACUCACUAGUCAAGCACUCAAGCCUAACAAACAGGCAAUGGAAGCCGGGGGAGCGACCGCCGGCGUCGGCGCCGAGAAGAAUUCGUGGCCGGAGGUGGUGGGCCUGUCGUCGGAGGAGGCCAAGAAGAAGAUCAUACAGCACAAGCCGGACGCCAGCGUCCACGUCGUUCCGGCCGACUCCUUCGUCACCAUGGAUUACAACACCGGCCGAGUCAGGGUGUUCGUCGACUCCAACGACAAGGUCACGAAAGCUCCCAGGAUUGGCUAGCUUAGCCGGGCUCAUCCUUGCGUUUGUACCAAUAAACGAGGACGUAAUUCUGUCUAGCUGUACUCUGCAAGCGUGUGUACUGAUAUGUGUUGUUGUCGAUAGCAUAGCUGUGUGGUGUGUUACUGUCUUUUACUUCUUUUUAUAUAAAAUAUAAAACAUGGUGUGUUA